CCAGAAAUGCGCUUCCUUCCCCGCCUCGGCCUCUCGGCCGCCCUGGCCAUCGCCGCCUUCCUCAGCUGGAGGCUGCUGCUCCAGACCCCGGCCCGCAGCCACCGAGGUGACCUGGCCCCCAAGGCAGAGGACAGCUUCACUUUGACUCUGGACAGCUUCCUUCACAUCCAGCAGCUCAGGAAGAAGAGACUGAGAGCUUUCUGCAGCCGAGCAGGCAAAGUCACCACACUGCCGAGCAGCAAGGAUGAGAGAGCCUCCCUGCUCUCAAAUCUGAGGGUGAACACCAAGCUGGACCUCAUGUACUGCCAAGUGCCAUCAACAGGGGUGGAGGAAUGGAAUCAGCUUUUGGAGAAGCUGAAAGAGGAAAAAGUGACGCUGCCAGUGCCGCUCCCUUUCCGCCGGCUGCACACGAAGGAGACGUGGCUGAGCAAGUUCAACCAGACAGAGAUAAAGGCCAUGCUGGGCUCUUACACCAAAGUGCUCUUUGUCAGGGACCCUUUCCACAGGCUGAUCGCCACAUUCCUGCAAGGCAUGGGCAUCAGCUCAUCCUUCAGCAGCUUCAUCCAGGAAGUCCUAGACAGUGGAAUGCACAAUGGCAGCAUGGCUUGGAAACCACUGGUGAGCCUGUGCCGGCCCUGCCUCAUCCAGUAUGACUAUGUAGUGAUGUUUGGCUUCCUCAGGCAGGAGCUGGGCCACCUGCUGCGCCGGGCUGGGCUGCUUGAGGGCAGCCUCCUCCCCGAGCUCACCGACAGCCAGGUGCAGUGGACCUACAGGUGGUUGUCAGAGCAGAUGUUCAGCGAGCUGUCUGCCCAGCAGAAGAAGCAGCUGUCUCAUUUCUACCACUGGGACCUUGCUGCUUUCCCAUUUUCUAACAGCUUCCUGUCAGACCACCCCAGCACUGCAGAGACCUGGGAGAAAUAGCCCUCAUGGAGGAACUGGUUCAGGGAGCACUAAUCCAAAGGCAAGUGCUUCAAGAUACUGACAGGCCUUUGCUUCCCAGCUGCUUGCAGUGAGGUUUUCCAUGUUAGACAGCUGAGACAGACCACUGGCAGGGACAGGGAUCAAUGUGGUUGAAUUGUGUUUAAACACAACAAGAGCAGGCACUAGGGAAACUUGUGGUGCUGGGAGUUGGAAAACUGCAUGAAUUGAACUGUGAUGGGAUAAAGCCAGCAGUUUGGGGUAGGGUGGGUUGGACUUGCUGCAAACCACAGCAGCAUCACACGUGCUGUGACCACACUGACAUUUCCUUUUCUGGGCUCCGUGUUGGGCCAAGAGGUUUGGCAAUGGCUUCUUCAUGACAAAUCUUCCCACACAGAUAAGUGCUCCCAAAGGAGCAUGUCAGCUGGAGGAUGAGAUAUGACACAGGGUGGCAGACCCUGCUGGGGAGCCACUGGCAAUGUUCCCAAUCUUUUCAUGCUCAGGGAGGGUCAAGCCCAGACAAUCAUUUGGUCUUUUCUGUUCUGUGUGAACUGUUCUGUUUUACAACCUCAUAUCCUAUUGUGUGUGGGCUCAAGUGGGCCUUGGGGAUGGGACUCAGCUCUUGCUCCAUUCACAGGUUCUGAGUUUGGCUCCCCUCCUUCCAGGGCUGACUCCAAUAGGCCAAGGCCAGCCUUCAGCUCGGUGCACUAGCCCUGAGACAAGGAAGUGUCAGUGUGGACCAGGUACCAGCCGCAGUACCAGACAGACUGCCUCCCACCUUGUGUCAGCAACUGGUGCGCCCUGUGGAGGUGGCUAGAAAUGUCAGAAUGCAUCACUGUGCUGCUGUGGAAAACAGAUGUGGCUGCUACAAGCUCCUGCUGGCAGAGAAGCACGAGGACUGACUCUGCUUUCUUUUGGACUUGGCUGCCAGCAUGGCAAACAGAGGCCCAGUCUCUCCAGCUGGCUCACAGCUUCAUCCAGCUGGGGAGCCCAGAGCAAUCACCUGCCCUCUCCCAGCUUUGGUCACUGAGCUGAUCUCACUCACAGCCCAAGGGAAGGGUCCAUCUUUGUCAAACAAACACCAAGGAUGAACUGAAGCUGUCUAGAUUUUGAAUCCUGACAGACUCUGACCAUAGGAUACUUGUUUCCAGAGUAUUUAGCAGCUUUAUUUUGCAGUAUUGUGACAUUCACAGAGAAUUCCACAUAUAUUCAUGGUACCAAUUUGACAGUGCUCAUUAAAGAAUGUUAGUGAAAA